AUGAACACUCCCAGCGACAGUGGUGGAGGCGGGAUGGGGUUCAAGGGACAGCUGGCCUCCGCUCUCGUGCUUAGCGUCGCGCUGAAGCUGGUGACGUUCGCGCUGACCACAGUUCUGACGCGCCAGCUCACGCCGGGCGAGAAUGGCGUUAGUUUCUCGGCUCAGCUGUACAUUAACACAGUUCUCUUCCUUGCACGAGAGUGCGUGCGAAGUGUGAAUGCCCGGCACAACUUGCGUGACAAGAUGAGUAGUGGAGAGGCAGUUCUACAGGUGAUGAACUGUGCGGCAACCUCUCUUCCCGUAGGGGUUGCUGUCAUGGCUUUGAUGGAGGUGCUAUCAUGGUGUGGCAUCUACGUGUUUCCGUCGCUAACGGCGUAUUCUCAUGUGAAUGGAGCUACGUCUUUAAAUGGGAUUAGUGGUGGGGUGAGCGCUGGCAGUACGGCAAUGGGGUUGCCAGAGCUGCUUCUGGCGCUGAGUGUUGUAGUUGCGCUGACGGCUGAACCAUGCAUUGCCCUUGUUCAGUCUUUCGAUCAGGUGCGCAUCAUCGUGGCGUCUGAGUUUUGGGCUCAGCUUGUGCGUCUUGUUGUGACACUGGCGUUUGUGAAGGCAUGUGGUGGUUUGGGCGGCGACCCGUGGACCGCGCGUCUGUGCUUCGCCGUCGGGUUCCUCGCGCACGCCAUUAUGACAGUGGUGUACUUCGUCCGGCUGUGGAACAGCAGCAGCGAGGGCGCUGUGCUGCAGCAGGCGCGGAAGUACGCCGCAACGGCCCGAUGGGGCACCGCCCUGCAGUCAUCGUUGUCGUGGCGUAAGCGUGUGCCGUGGUGUUUUCUUUCAUGGCGGGCCGUGCGUGUGGAGGCGGCGAGGGAGAUGCUGCUACUGUGCCAGUUCUUCCGUGAGAGCUGCCUGCGCCUCGUACUGACGGAAGGAGAGCGCUUCGCUCUCGCCGCGUUUGGCUCAGCAGCGGCAAUGGGUCACUACGACCUUGUCGCCAAUCUCGGCUCCCUCAUCGCGCGCCUCAUCUUCCGUGUGUGGGAAAGCGCCUGUUUUGUCAAGUGGAGCCGUGACGCCGCCCGUGGCUCCCCGAAGGAGGCGGCCGCGCUGCUUUUCACUAUGUUGCGCGUUGCCUCGUACUUUGGUGCGGCAGUGCUGCUCCUAGGGCCGCCGCUCGCGGAGGGGUUCUUGCUGCGGAUCUUCUCGCAUCGCUGGGCCUCGCAUGAGGCGGUGCAGGCGCUGCAGCUCUACUGCUACCUGCUGCCGCUGCUGGGAUGGAAUGGGUUGCUCGACGCGUUUGUGCGGGCCACCGCAGCGCCACCGACGCUCCGGCUGACGCAGCGAGUUAUGGUGGCGCAGGCGGCCAUGUACAUUAUUGCUUGCUUCGUUGUACUGCGACUGCGCUGGAUCGACGACGCGGUGGCCGGCCUUAUUGUAGUGAAUGGAACAAGCAUGGUGCUACGCUGUGUGGCAUCAGUCAGCGUUGUGCUCAUGCAUCCCAUUGCCAGCCAUAUGCCUGGUGACAAGGUGGCACUGCAACUCAAACUUUGGGACUUCGGCGCCGUGUGUGACGCGCGUAUUGCGGCGACCUGGGCUGCGCUGUUUGCGUGCACGAGAUGUGCGUCGUCUGGCGCUGCAGCUGCUGCUGCUGCUGUGUGCGCGGCGCCCGUCUUUGCCACCGCUGUUGUGAGGUGGGACCCGGAGAUUCGUCUCGUGCUCUGGAGUAUCGUGCGCCGCUGA